AUGGAGCAAAUUGGAAAGUGGUUUAAACGGAAAAAAAAGUAUGGCAACAUUGUCGAAGCAUGCAUUUUAAUAGGGACUGUGAGGAAAUUAUUAGGAGUAUCAAUUUUUAAUAUCAAAAGUACUUCUGAAAAUGUAAUUACUUCUCAAUUUUCGUUUGUUGGAUUUGUUUUGUUUACGCUGUGGCAUUCACUUUAUUUUUGUGCUAUUUACAAUGUGUACAGUUAUGACCAAACUAUAUUGCGAGUUUUAUAUGAUACGCAGUUGAAACACUAUGGAGAUUUAGUUGAAAAUAUCGCAACUACGACGUACGUUAUUUACGCAAUGUGGAAGAUAUCGUUCGACCUCAGUGGAGCUACUAAACACAUGCAGCAACUCGUUGAUAUCGACGAAGCGUUCAAAGAGUUGGGCGAAAAUAUAGAUCAUAGUAAAAGGUCUACUCCAUCUUUCCUGAUACCUGUAACACUCAUUAUUAUGUGGGUCAUACGUUCCUUCAGUAUCUGGGUUUCGAUAAGCCAAAGAAUAGACAACAUCCCGUACAGCAAGAUAUAUCAAAUAUUAUUCUCCGAUUCCCUAGUAUUUGUGACAACCCUGCACUAUGGUGUUUACCUCUUUAUAAUCCGUGACAGAUAUAAGAGAAUAAAUAAAGUGCUCAGGAAAUUACAAAGAAGAGGUGAGAGCUUCUUUUUUGUGCGUAUGAAAAAUGUGGAUAAUAAAACGAUCAGUAUGCAAGACAGGGCUCUGUGCGAAAUGGUAAACAAAUGUGGGAAAAUAUAUAGUAUGCUGUACAAGGCCACUGAGAUAGCUAACGAUAAAUUUGGUCUGGCAUUGCUUCUAACACUGUCUGUGUGGCUUCUUAUAAUAAUACUCUACCUUUAUUAUUUUAUGGAAGCGACUGCAGCAGGUCUGUUUCAUGAACUAGAACGAUAUAUUCAGUUCUUGAUAUACGUGUUUUGACAAAUAUUUUUUUCCAUAGCUAUGUUGUCUUCGAGCAUUUACUUCUGUGAAGUAACUGUUAAAGAGGCUAAAGUAACUUCUUUCUUGGCGCAUACUAUGAUUAAUAGUAGGAAUAUUGAUUCAUCUGUGAAAGAAGAGGCUUUGAAGCUCUCAUUGCAAGUUAUUCAUCAAACACCAAAAUUUACGGCGCGCGGCAUAUUUCCUAUAGAAUAUGUUCUUUUAUUAGAGGGCACUCGUUCUGUCAUCACCUUUCUGAUUAUAUUGCUCCAGUCUGUUACUCAAAAACAUUAAGCUUUCUUUGGCAGAGUUUAUCACCGACGGAAAAAUCUUAUUUCCGAAUUUUAAUAUUCUCAAGUAUCACUCUUCCUCUAGGUCAAUUAUUUUGAUUAUAUUUGUUAUUUUAUUAAUAAACUUCAUAUGGAUUUUAGAAGUUCUCAUCGGACAUCACCACUUAUUCAAUCAAUUUAAGAUAACAGUCAAACAUAAAAAAAAUAAUGAAUUUGGU